CCACCAACAUGCUCCCCUCCCAUCGACGAACCGCAAAUUCUUCUUCCGGUGGGCGUGCAUGAGGAUGGAACGGAGGCUUUCCGUUCAAAAUCCGGGUCCAAUGCCGUACUUGCGCCAACUGUCUUAAAUGGCAUCCGGUUUUGAAGACGCUGGCAGAGGAAGCUGCAUUGAAGUUCGCGGGCAAGAAUGGGAUCGAUUUGGUGGCGAUCCAUCCGGCAACGUGUUUGGGGCCAUUGUUGCAGCCUGGACUGAAUGCAAGCAUUACUGUGUUGAAACAUAUGCUGGAAGGAGCUAAAGACAGACAUGAGUAUCACUAGUUGGAGUUGAUCGUGUUAAAGAUGCGGCCAAGGCACAAGUUUUGCUAUAUGAGACUCCUGCUGCUUCUGGUAGAUACCUCUGCACGAAUUGAAUUGGGACAAUCUCUAUCGGAUUUUGGGAAGGCUGCUAAGUUACUUAGUGCUUGCAAAUCAAAUGGUCUUGGG